UUUUGCUCCAGAGCCGGGGCAGCGAGGCACCAGCCGCUCUCUCAUCUUGCUUCUACAAGCCACGCUGUCAUCUGCCUCUGUCCAGUUGUCCUUUCACUGUCUCGUAUGGACUCCCCAAGGUUCCCGGAGGAAACCGUCCUCAUUACCGGAGGAGGAGGAUAUUUUGGCUUCCGCCUCGGCUGCGCUCUGAACCAGAAAGGAGUCCGUGUGAUUCUGUUCGACAUCAUCGAACCGGCCCAGAACCUUCCAGAGGGAAUCACAUUCGUCCGCGGGGAUAUCCGCUGCCUCUCUGACGUGGAGGCGGCCUUCCAGGAUGCUGACAUCGCAUGCGUCUUCCACAUCGCCUCUUACGGCAUGUCUGGGAGGGAGCAACUGAACAAAACCCGGAUUGAAGAGGUCAACGUGGGUGGCACAGAGAACAUCCUCCAGGCCUGCCUAGGGAGAGGAGUGCCCAGCUUGGUCUACACGAGCACAUUUAACGUCAUCUUCGGAGGUCAAGUCAUCAGAAACGGGGACGAGUCUCUGCCUUACCUACCUCUUCACCUGCACCCAGAUCACUACUCCAGGACCAAAUCCAUUGCAGAGAAGAAGGUCCUGGAAGCCAAUGGCUUGGCCUUCAAGCAAGGGGAUGGCGUACUCAGAACCUGUGCGAUAAGGCCAGCUGGCAUCUACGGGGCUGGAGAGCAGAGGCACCUUCCCAGGGUGGUUAGCUACAUUGAGAGGGGCCUGUUCAGAUUCGUGUAUGGGGAUCCCCAAAGCCUGGUCGAGUUUGUCCACGUGGAUAACCUGGCGAAGGCUCACAUUCUGGCCUCCGAGGCUCUGAAAGCUGAUAAGGGCCACAUUGCCUCCGGGCAGCCCUACUUCAUCUCGGACGGUAGGCCCGUAAAUAACUUUGAGUUCUUUAGGCCACUGGUUGAGGGUCUGGGCUACACAUUCCCAACCACCCGCCUGCCACUAACCCUCAUCUACUACUUCGCUUUCCUGAUAGAGAUGACCCACCUCAUUGUGGGCAGGCUCUACAACUUCCAGCCCUUCCUCACCUGCACCGAGGUUUAUAAAACUGGUGUCACACAUUACUUCAGCCUAGAGAAAGCCAAGAGUGAGCUAGGCUAUGCACCUCAGCCGUUUGACCUGCAGGAGGUGGUCGAGUGGUUUAAAGCCCAUGGUCAUGGCCGAAGGCCUCGAGGUCAAGACUCAGAGUUUAUUCUGUGGGAUGGAAUUCUGGUCCUACUCUUGGCGUUUUCUGUUCUGACCUGGAUCCCUCCUUCCACAAUCCUGUCCCUAUGAAGAGAAAAACUAUACACAGGAGCCGAGCCUCCUUCCUGGGAUGGUUUUCAAGGAUGCAGGUUUUGAAAGAUGUGUCAUAUUAUCUAGUACCAUUCCUGGGUCUUCAGAUUAUUUCCUAACAAUGAGUCUUCAAACAUCAUGGCCAGGGCUACCUCCUUAUGAGUGGUUGAUCAGGGAGACUGCUGAGGCCUCCAAGACAGCAUUGACUCUUGCCAAUGCUCUUGGUUGCCCACCAGAACUAGGUAGUAAGCCUCUGUUGCCUAAGGUGCCAUGCACCUUAACUACAGCACAUAAAGAAGUCCAACUGGAACUGAACUGGAAGCUUCCUCCCUGCCUGCUAGAUUUCAUAGUUCCGGAAGGGUCUAUACUAGCGACUGGAGGAAAACAGUCUUGUUCAGCUGUGGAGCCUGCAUGUAGCACUACCAAGUGGGCAAGGCAUACCCUCGAGUACACUCCUGGCAUGUCUGUUAGGGGAUAACCAACUGCUUCCGAGUUGGAUUGGAGGCUGGCUCCCUAGGAGGGAGUUCGUUCCUGGUUCCUGGUAUAAACCUGGCCUGAAGCUCAUGGAUAGAGAGGUCACAGGCCAAGUGUAGUCUACUUCUGUUGUUUUGCUGGAUAGAGAAGUCGUGCCCACGAAACUGCUCUAUAAAUGUUUAUGUUUAUAUCUGUAGAUUAGUGCUACUCUCAGCUGUAAUCAGAGACGCUUCUCUCCACCGUGGGCACCAGUCAUGCUUCCGAGGCUCAUAACUGGUCCAAGUGCUAAGUGUUGAGUGUUCAUCCAGAGACAGGACGUCUGUAUCAUUCCCUGAAAGCCUCACAGGACUUUGUAGCAAAAGGGAAAGAAUGCAUAAGCUGGAGGAGGUGGACGGGGAGAGGUUGCUGGUGUUGCUGGUGUUAGGGAGACUGUCUCCUGAGAAUGACAUGACUUCUGUCCUCAUGAACUAACUAUAACUGUGAUACAGUACUAGACUCCGUACGAUGAGGCCUACCCCCAUUCCGCCAUGGGAAGGAGAGAAGCUCCCAAUACUCACUCCUCCUGAGAAGAUGAGGGUGGUUGAUAGUUUCUGGGGAGGUGGAGACAGUUUCUCUAGCGAUUUAGUCCCUUCUAAGUUGCCCCAUUCUCCUGUAAGCAAGCUUAAUGAAACUCUUUGACACACACACACACACACACACACACACUGACAUGGAUUAGAAAGCAAUCUAGAUGGGAAGAGGUAAGAGUUCUGUGGGAAUGGGACAUAACAGGGUGUGGGGGGAAUCCGAUCGGACUACCUUAUAUACAUGUUCGAACAUGUCAUAAUGAAACUCUUAUACACUGAAUCCAUACUAAUAAAAAAAGAAAAAUGAA